GGCCCAUAAUAAUCAUCGGACAGAUCCCGGCUACGACCAGCCGACGGAUGGUUCAACUUUUUGAAACUUCAAUUCCAAAAACUUGUCCUAGUUUCUCUCACCAGCUUACAAGCCAACAGAUGACACAGAUCUUACUCUUUUCAUCAUCUACAAUACUUUCCCCCUUCAAUGAGAAGCAGCAGAGAUGGAGCAAAAAGCUAAUUUGUUCUUCAAGACAACAUGUGUGGGUUGAAUCAUCGCUGUUCAAAUCUCGAAGCAAAAGUGGGUUUAGAAAAUUUAGAGCUUCCAAUUCAUCAGCAGGAAGUUAUGGCGGAUCUGCUGAGAUAUCUAAAGGUCAACCGGCGCCAUGGAUUUCCACAUGGCCAAGCAAACAACCUCAGCCUUUUCAUCAACACCCACCUCCCAAAAUGAAGGGUACGAGUCGUUUCGUCACGAUCGGCCUCGUUGCCGCUUGGUACUCCUCCAACAUUGGGGUUCUCUUGCUCAACAAGUAUUUGCUAUCCAACUAUGGUUUCAAGUACCCGAUCUUCCUCACCAUGUGCCACAUGACCGCUUGUUCUUUGCUCAGCUACAUUGCAAUUGCUUGUUUGAAGCUUGUUCCUCUCCAGACUAUUCGAUCUCGUGUUCAAUUCUUUAAGAUCUCUGCCCUCAGCUUUAUCUUCUGCAUCUCCGUUGUCUUUGGUAACAUUUCGCUUCGUUAUCUUCCCGUCUCUUUCAACCAAGCUAUUGGAGCCACCACCCCUUUUUUCACCGCUGUUUUUGCUUACCUGAUGACCUUCAAGAGGGAGGCUUGGCUUACUUAUGUUACGCUCAUUCCUGUCGUCACCGGGGUUGUCAUUGCCAGCGGGGGUGAACCAAGCUUCCAUCUAUUUGGGUUUGUGAUAUGUGUUGCAGCUACCGCUGCAAGAGCUCUCAAAUCUGUACUUCAAGGAAUUUUGCUUUCUGCAGAUGGAGAGAAGCUGAAUUCCAUGAAUCUCCUUUUGUAUAUGGCUCCUACGGCUGUUGUUUUCUUGCUUCCUGCAACACUUAUUAUGGAAGAUAAUGUGGUUGGUAUCACACUAGCACUUGCUAGAGAUGAUAUCAAGAUCAUCUGGUACCUUCUUUUCAAUUCGUCACUGGCAUAUUUUGUAAACCUGACAAAUUUUCUGGUCACAAAACACACCAGUGCGCUGACCCUUCAGGUACUAGGAAAUGCAAAAGGGGCUGUAGCUGUGGUGGUUUCCAUUUUAAUCUUUAGAAACCCUGUCUCUGUUACUGGAAUGUUCGGUUAUACGCUCACAGUAAUGGGAGUCAUUCUCUACAGCGAAGCAAAGAAACGAACAAAUAAAAGUUGACCAUGCCAUAACUCAAAAAAGCAUAGAAAACUGGCUUCUUCUAUUGUAUCAGCAACAAAGGGGGGAAUAGUUCAGGAAUAGAAAGUUAAAGAAGUGAAACAACAUAACUCUGUAACUCAGGUUGAGCUAUGGAGGAAUAUUCUCAUUCUUUCAGGAUCAGGAGAAGGCAUUGUAUAAUUGGGUGGCUACACAAAUCAUUUUUCUAUUAACAUUUGUUAUAUUUUUAAUCAAUGAGGAGAGCCAUUCAUAGCUCUGCUCUUAAUAUCA